AUGUCUCAGAUUUCAUCACGGAGAACUAUAUCAAAAUAUUAUGGUUCUGAACCAGCAUCAACUAAGCUUUUGUAUCAAAUAUCUCUAGGUUUACCUGAAUCAAAUGGAUACAUUUACAUUGAGGCGAAUGGUGGUCUGAAUCAGCAAAGAGCAUCAAUAUGCAAUGCUGUUGCCGUGGCAGGUUAUCUUAACGCGACCCUGGUCAUUCCACACUUCCACUUUCAUAGCAUUUGGAGGGAUCCAAGCAAAUUCAGCGAUAUUUAUGAUGAAGAUUUUUUUGUUAAAACCCUAGAAAAUGAUGUAAGGGUGGUGGAGAAGGUUCCUGAUCUUAUUAUGGAACGGUUUGAUUACAAUAUGACCAAUGUGUACAACUUCAGGAUCAAGGCAUGGUCCUCCAUUCAGUACUACCGGGACACAGUUCUUCCGAAGCUGCUUGAAGAAAAGAUCAUUAGGAUAUCCCUGUUUGCAAAUCGUUUGUCAUUCGAUGCUCCUCCAGCAGUUCAGCGGCUUAGGUGUCUGGCAAACUACGAAGCCCUUAGAUUUUCAAAUCCCAUUUUGAGUUUAGGACAAACAUUGGUUGCAAGAAUGAAAGACCGCAGUGCAAAUAACAGUGGGAAAUAUAUAUCUGUGCAUCUUCGCUUUGAGGAGGAUAUGGUUGCUUUCUCUUGUUGUAUAUAUGGUGGUGGAGGUAAAGAGAAAGGAGAUAUGGAUGCUGCAAGAGAGAGAGGAUGGAGGGGAAAAUUCACAAAACGUGGUAAAGUGAUUCAUCCUGGAGCAAUCAGGAUCAACGGAAAGUGUCCCUUAACGCCGUUAGAGGUUGGUUUGAUGUUAAGAGGGAUGGGGUUUGAUAAAAGCACAUCCAUUUAUUUAGCUUCUGGAAAGAUCUAUGAUUCUGAGCGACACAUGAAACCAAUAUUAGAGAUGUUUCCUCUUUUACAAACGAAAGAGAUGCUAGCAUCCCCCGAAGAACUCGCCCCAUUUCAGAAUUACUCCUCCAGGAUGGCUGCUAUAGACUAUACUGUUUGUCUUCAUAGUGAAGUAUUUGUGACAACUCAAGGAGGAAAUUUCCCCCACUUUCUGUUGGGCCAUAGAAGAUUCUUGUAUGGUGGACACUCGAGGACAAUUAGGCCAGACAAGAGGAAGCUAGCUUUGUUAUAUGAUAACCCAAAUAUUGGGUGGAAAAGCUUCAAGCGGCAAAUGUUAAAUAUACGAGCACAUAGUGAUUCAAAAGGAAUUGAGAUUAAAAGACCAUCUGACUCGGUAUAUUCAGUCCCAUGCCCAGGUUGCAUGUGCCGCAGUAACAAGACUGAAGUUUCGAAAUUAUCCUCAGCGACGUGAUCUCCGGGCAUAUCUUUGGUGGUGUUUCCGUUCCCAUUGUUUGUCUGGAUUUCAGCUGCUAACCCUUGUCAUUCUUCCAUUUUUUGCCCCCCUCCACUAUGGAUACCAGAUCCUAGAGCAGCCUUCUUGAGAGAUUUUGUUCGAUCACUGGUCAAUACGAUUAUUUUCUGGGUACAAGUUGAGGGGUAUGCUGUUGUACAUGAUGGUCCGAGUAAACGGCGAAAAAAUCAUCUUGAUUGCUGGGUAUACCUAGGUGUUGAUUUAUAUAGAUUCAUCUUCCAGCUGCUGUGUCUGAUAAGCUGUGAAUUGACACGGGAUACAUAUAAUUCAAGAUUAGUUUUAUCAGUGAGGAUCUUGUAUAUUACUUGAGAGGAGCUUGUAUUAGACUUUAACAACAGGAUGAAAUAGCAGAUGUCUUAUCAAAAGACAGGGUUCCCACUUUUUAAUUUUGGAUACCCUCGUCUUUGCAAAUAUUAGUUGGAAUCUCUCCAUUGAUAUUUAUCUCCCUUUUUUACUAGAUUUAUCACCUCCAUUUUACAUGGUCGCACAAAAUUUCCCAACAUUGUUCUUAACCGUCGAGUGAAUUUUGAUUAAUCUGUAUAUUGAAAAACGUCUACCGUUAUAUGUGAAACACUACCAGUCUUGAAUUUUCUUGUUAGAUGAUUAUUUUAUAGGAAGAAUUCAAGAUGACACAGUAUUCCUUAGAUUGUUAAGGAUUUUUGGGGUGUCAUCCUUUUAUUUUAUUUUUUCGCCUAUUUGUCGUUUCGCAAAAUGUGAGAGUGACUUCCUGCAACUGAACUUUUAAUUCUGAAUUGUGUAUUAGCUAUAAUGACCAUGUGUCAUCUCCAAACACCGAAUAUCCCAACUUGAUUUUGAAUGUCUUUGAAUCCUUGCUGAAAGCAGAGGCGAAUACCUUCUCUGUCA